AAUUGACGUCUGUCAAUGCUAUCAAAUUCGUUCAAUUUUUUUUAUUUAAAAAAAAGGGACGAACUGCGAAAUUUUUCCAUGUUUUUUACUUAGGUCUAAGUUCGGCCAACUGCGACAAAUCAUAAACCUGUGCCUCUUAAACUGUCAGUUGACAAAUACAUUUUUAUCAUUCAUUUACUAUCUAGAAAGAGUAGUUUAAUAAUCGACUAUCUGUUUUUAUCGUAGAUAAUUCGAAGUGUGAGCUUUUAUCAGUGUAUGUUGUGGGUAAAAUACCGGCUCUUCAUGAGUCGUAAUUCUUAUUUUAAUACAUUAUCAACCAUCCUGUCAAAAAUUGUAUGAACUUAGUUUUUUAUAAAAAUGAAUUUACGUCUUUUACAAUUUCUAUCUUGUUGUGUUCUAUGUGUGUACGGAUGGACAGAUAACAGGAUUCGAAAAUUCAAAAAUGAUUUCUCAUUUGGAGUGUCUACCUCCGCAUAUCAAGUUGAGGGUGCUUGGGAUGUGGAUGGCAAGGGUGAAAGCAUAUGGGACAGAUUUCUCCACGAACAUCCAGAAGUGAUAGCCGACGGUAGGAACGGCGAUGUAGCCUGCGAUUCUUACCACCAGUAUCAGCGAGAUGUGGAAAUGUUGAGGGAGUUGGGCGUCGAUCAUUAUAGAUUCUCGAUAUCGUGGCCAAGGAUACUUCCAACUGGAUAUCCCAACGUAAUAAACGAAAAGGGCAUCCAAUACUAUGACAAUUUAAUUAACGAACUACUGAAAUAUGGCAUACAACCGAUGGUAACAUUAUACCAUUAUGAUUUACCCCAGGCCCUGCAGGAUUUGGGCGGUUGGAUUAACCCCUUAUCAGCAGAAUGGUUUGAGGAUUUCGCAAGAGUUGUAUUCGAUAAGUACGGGGAUAGGGUGAAAUAUUGGAUUACGAUAAAUCAGCCGUCCGGGGUGUGUGUCGAUGGUUACAGUGGUUUAAUCGCACCAGGCGUAGUGUCCAAGGGUGUCGGAGAUUAUAUAUGCGUGAAAAAUGUAAUGCUCGCACACGCGAGGGCCUAUAGGUUAUAUGAGAAGGAAUAUAAGAACAAAUAUAAGGGUCAAGUGGGAAUAUCGUUGGGACUCAGUUGGGCACAUGGAGUAACAAAUGCCACGGAGAAUGAAGAUGCAGCUGCCAUAUAUAGAGACUUUACGAUUGGUCUGUACAUGGAUCCAAUAUGGUCGGAGGCGGGGGGGUUCCCGCGUUCAGUAAGAGAUAGAGUGGCGAAGAAGAGUAAAGAGCAAGGCUACAAGGAGUCCAGGCUGCCUACACUGAGCCCCGAGGAGAUUAAACUCAUAAAAGGUUCAGCAGACUUCCUCGGCCUCAACCACUACACCUCGUUCCUUGUGGAACCAGCGGAUCAGCAGUUCGAUUCACCGUCCGUUGAUGAUGAUAUGGGGGUGAAGAUAUCUCAUAACAAGAACUGGAGGUCGUCCAACUCGGUGUGGCUUAAGAGCGCACCCUACGGCAUAUAUCGGCUGUGUCUAUAUCUCAACAAGGUCUACAACUACCCGCAAGUAUUUAUAACCGAGCACGGCUGGUCCACUACCACCGGCUUGAACGACCAGUCCCGGGUUACCACUUUGCGCGAUUACUUGUCCGCCAUUUUGUUCGCGAUAGAAGACGGCACCGAUUUACGGGGCUACACCGUGUGGAGUUUGAUGGACAACGUCGAGUGGAUAGCUGGGACGAGCGAUCGUUUCGGUCUUUACGAAGUAGAUUUUGAUUCAGAAGAGAAGAAGAGAACGGCAAGGCUAUCGGCCCUCGUGUACAAACGUAUCAUCGAGAAGAGAAUAGUGGAGAAUGAGUGGGAGCCGGAGAAUUGGCAGAUAGAGAUAACUAAGGGCAAGGAAAGAGAAGAGUUAUAAGUCUGUUUUAUACGUGGGAUGACUAAAUGGCAGGUCAGCUUAGUAUAGGGGUGUAAAAUGUGAUUUCUUGCAUUAUUUUUUUGGUUAUUGGUUUAUAUUAAAGUUUUUAUUUUAUGAAAUAUUAGCGUACCUAUAUUGUGUUGCCAGGAUGGCCUUAUCCCUUAAGAGAACACAUACGCACACACACACACCUUAAAAAAAUAGACGGAAAUGGUCGGAUAUAUCUCGGGUUAUAUGCUUAUUUUGAUAUUAUAUUGAAAAUAUAAUGCUUGAAACUAGAUACUAUUUAUAAUAUUAGUAGAACAUAUUCACAAAUAUACCUCUAAACGUUUCUUUUAAGUUAAAAGAUGAGCAAUCAUGCUUAUUCUUUGUUAAAAUUACUAUUCAUCAAGCAACUUAGUAAUUCCAUAGAGACUUAUUUAUUUAUUACAAUCAACAGAUUUUUAGAACGCACAUUUUUAUUUCUGAACAUAAUAACGUACGCGUGUGUGCGUGCGGACCUGUGUAUCGACAGUAUUUGUUGAUUGUAUAUACGUGUGUGUGCGUCACACAAGCUCAAUUAUAUGAUAUAAAAUUAUUAUUUAUAUAUAAUACGUUAAAGUAUGUACGCAAAAUGUAGGUCUCAAAAAUGUCACAAUAUAAUUUUAAGUAAUUAGUGCCAUUUUAAAAGCAGGUAUAACAGUGUGAUAAUUGUUGUGAUUUUAUUUAGUGCAUUUAUGAGCAU